GGAAUUUAACUCGGGACCUCCGGAAGAGCAGCCAGCGCUCUUAACCUCUGAGCCAUCUCUCCAGCCCCUGAGCAAUCUUUUUGCCCCACUGUCUUACUCUUCAUGAAGACUAGAAUGCUUUAGCUUUCUGUUCUUGACAUGUCAUACUGCUUACUGAGCAAUAAAUUCAAACUUUUGGGUUCAUAUUUUGGUUUUGCUUAUACUGAAUGGGCUACUGUACAGGAAAAGGUGUUGGCAUGGAGUCUGACCAAAACCAGCCAGGAAACACAUUUCCGAUUUCUUUGGAUUUCACUGUGUGAAUCAGCAGAAGACCCAGAGAGUCUUGGAGCUAUAUAUUGAAGAUAAUGUCUGGAAGCUUCUACUUUGUAAUUGUUGGCCACCAUGAUAAUCCAGUUUUUGAAAUGGAAUUUUUGCCACCUGGGAAAGCAGAAUCCAAAGAUGAUCACCGCCAUCUGAACCAGUUCAUAGCCCAUGCUGCUCUUGACCUUGUGGAUGAAAACAUGUGGCUUUCUAAUAACAUGUACUUAAAAACUGUGGACAAAUUCAAUGAAUGGUUUGUAUCGGCAUUUGUCACUGCAGGGCAUAUGAGAUUUAUUAUGCUUCAUGAUGUGAGGCAAGAAGAUGGAAUAAAGAACUUCUUUACUGAUGUCUAUGAUUUGUAUAUAAAGUUUUCGAUGAAUCCAUUUUAUGAACCCAAUUCUCCAAUACGAUCAAGUGCAUUUGACAGAAAAGUUCAGUUUCUUGGAAAGAAACACCUUUUAAGCUAAAUGGAGAAAAACUCUGAAAUAAACAGUAUCGCCAUCAUGGUGUAUACUCAGGAAUGUGUGCACUGUAAGUCAUCUGAAAUAGCCUUGAAAACUUUCACUUAAAAUUGUUUUCAUGUUGAUUAUCAGCAUUAAUAUUUGCUUGUGAACAGUGUUAUUUAUAAGGAGCUCUUUACCAGUAAUUGUAAAUGUUUUUAUUUAAAAGCUUGAGAAUGAACUUUUGACUUUUCUGAUUGAAAUAAUUUGAUCUUAAUUUAUUAAUUCAAAAGCAAAUGUCAUAGUUAAUAUUUGUUAGAUGUAUUUAAAAUGAAAUGCUUCUGCAGACAUGAAUGAAAUUGAGUUACUUACACUUUUAAAGAGAUUCUUUUAAAAUGCAUAGUACACUACAGUACCAAGACGCUGAAGCAGAAAGCCUCUGCAAUGCCGAGUGUUACAUGCCUGCCUGCUUCUAAACCCUAGACCUGUAUACACUGGACCAGUUACAGACCACAGCAAAAUGUGUUUCCUUUCUCCUAGUAAACUUUAAUGAAAGUUUAAUGAACAUGUUCUAUCUGUACUUAAAAAUGUUGUAAUACAGCUUUGGUAUUGCUAAUAAAAGUCUGGGUUACACUGACAUUUGCACUUAGCCUUUUAGGCUAUAUAUAGAGUGGGAGGUAGCAGAUGUGGCUUCUUCUAUAAGAAAUGUUGGUUUGAUUUUUACAAUGGCACAUAUGCAUGGAAAAACAAGUAAACCAGCUUAAACAAGUAAACCAGCUUUUCGUGUACA